GCCGCGGCUCGGCGACUGCGCACGCGCGGGGGAGGGACGGCUCCCGCCCUCGGGCCGGAGAGGAGCCAAGAUGGCGGCGCCCAGCGGGUUCGAGCCGUGGUUGGAGAAGCGGCUGGAGGCGCUGGGGCUGGACGGGGACGUGUACGGGGGAUACGUGCGGGGCCUGUUGCGGGAGGCCGAGAGCGACGCGGAGCGGCUGGAAGGACUGGAGGCAGCGCUUGCGGCCGGGGAGCUGAAUGAAGAUGUGCUGCGACAAGUUUGCAGGGAAAUAGUAAAAAGGUGGUCAGAGACCCAGGAUGUUGGAACCGAAGAGAAGAAAGAAGACGAGAUCCAGGCCAUCGCCAGCAUGAUUGAGAAACAGGCACAGAUUGUAGUCAAGCCCAAGGAGGUCUCCAAGGAGGAGACCCUCCAGAAAGCCGCCCUCCUCGCCCAGUAUGCUGAGGUGACCGAUGAAGAAGACGAGGCUGACGUUCAAGACGGUUCUGGGGCAGCGGCAGCAGUGAUGACCAUCAGCUCUGAGCAGUCCUUGUUUAAAAACACCAACCUCGCAGACGUCGUCAGCGCCCGGAAGCUGGAGAGGGAGCACUUGCGGGGGGAGUCGCAGCGGAAGAAAGAGCAAGACAAGCUCCAGCGCGAGAAGGACAAGCUGGCCAAGCAGGAGCGCAAGGAGAAGGAGAAGAAAAGGACACAGAAAGGGGAGAGGAAGCGGUAGCUGCAGAGCCACCGGCCUCCUCCCUGCUGCCCCCCCCCCCACGGAGUGCUCAGCGCAGUAUGGGCCAAGUGCCACCCCAUCACCCGUUCCCACCUCUUCCCAGCUCAGCAGAAGGAGCCCUCCUGCAAACUUGGCCAUGGGAUUACAAAGCAGGAACUGACUCUUUCAGCAAGGAUCAGUGACUGCUUCCGUUUUCCUCGAAGCACUGAAACAAAAAUCAUGUGUACACGUUUUGCUGUCCAGAUUUCAGGCUAACUGGUUGUGGCAGUGUCUGUAACCAAAGAAUUGUACGGUGGCUACGUCCUCCCCCCCCCCUCCCCUUCCUUCUAUUUAUAUUAGCCGCUUCAAGAGAAAACAGAAAGGUGAAGGGAAAGCUUGAAAUGUUCUCUGUGGUCAACAGCUGCUUUGGAGCGGAGAAGAAAAAAGAUCCAUUCCUACUAUGUAAAAGCCAGGGAGGCAUUUUGAAGUUGACUUCAGAGCCAAGGACACCUGCCUCGGCCCUCGGCCACCAAAAAGCAACCCAGACGUUUGUUCUUGUGGGGAUGGGUCAAGAACAUCUAUGUGAUGUCCGUCAGCCUUGAUUAUUGAUGACUAAGUAAACACCAUUGAACUUAA